AUGAAUCCUCACAUCUCUGCCCCCCGACAACACAGCAUUCCCACCAGCUUCGGCGCCAGCUCUGGCGCCGGGUCGGCUGGCCGGGGAGCGUCGAGUAUCAGAAUGCCUAGGUUCUUCAAAAGGCUGUUCAAGUUUCCGCAAAUGGACUUUGAGAUGGCCAUUUGGGAGAUGACUUCGCUGUUGAUUGCGCCGAAGAAAGUGUUCAAGUCGAUGUACUAUCACAAACAAACAAAAAACACAUGGCACCGCCCCGAUCCCUCCUUCACAUAUCUGCUCUCCUUCUUCCUCCUCUUGACCGCACUCGCCUGGGGUCUCGCAUACUCGCCUCACUUCGGCUCGAUCAUCCGCAUAUCAUUUCUGUUCGUAUUCGUGCAUUUCAUCGGCACGUCGCUGGUCAUCUCGACAUUCGGAUAUUUCCUCAUCGGCCGCAUCUUCGGACCAAACGGGCCAGCGGCGAAUCUGACGGGGCUGAGGGGGGCUUCGUCGCGGGCGCGGAGACGCGGUGCGGCUCAGGGAUUGUUUGUGCAGCCGGGUGAGAAGGAGCAGAUUGAAUUUGGGUAUUGCUUUGACGUCUCAAACCGCGCUUUUUUCCCGCUCUACCUGCACCUAUACGUGGUGCAGUUCUUACUCCUCCCCCUGCUGACCCGCGAUCCGCCCAACUUCUUCACCACGUUUCUCGGGAAUACGCUAUAUCUAUCAGCACUGCUGUACUAUACCUAUAUUACGUUCCUCGGCUACAACGCGUUGCCGUUCCUGCACAACACCGAGCUUCUUCUCCUUCCUAUCCUCGUGCUGUCAAUUCUAUGGCUGUUCAGUUUGAUUGCGGGCUGGAACGUGGUGACGCAUGGCCGGGGCGUUGAGGGAUUAUUCUGGGGUGUUUAG